AUUGUGCAGAUGCUGCUGGCUGCCGGCGCAAAUGUCAACGCCGAAUGUGGAAUUUUCGGCAGUGCGCUGUCAGCAGCUGUGGCCAAAGACCAUGAUUCAAUUGUGCAGGCGCUGUUAUCUAAAAACGCCGAUGUCAAUGCUAGAAGCGUACACUGUGGAUCAGCACUGCUGUUAGCCACAAUCCAGGGGGAUGAGAAGAAGGUCCAGUUGCUGCUCUAUGAAAGAGCAGACGUCAAUGCAGAAGAUGCAGAUCUCGGGACUGCCUUGCUUGUGGCUUCCGAAGAUGGGCCUCUUGAAACAGUACGAGUCCUACUCGAUGGUGGUGCACAUGUUGAUGUACAAUGUGGAGAUGGCAGCAAUGCACUCUAUGCAUCCUCUUCU